CCAUUCAACAAUUAGGAUAUAUAUAAAAUUUGACCAUUUGGGUAGUGAACACAGUUUUUGGAUAUACACUUUUCAUUGAAUAACCAUUCUUCAAGGAUAUACGUGCUUGGAUAUGUACCCAGUGUUUCUAAUCUAAUAAUAUCUGAAGUUGGGGCCGUUGGCCGUGAGGAUAUGCAUGUUGUGCAUGCUACGGAUAUGUCCCAGCACUGUUGUCAUUGGCAUCAUCGCCUGUUACGUGGGCCCUUGGCUGACCUUUGCUUAUGAGCGCUGUUUUGGGUGCUGCAGGAAAUUAAAACCCUGGGUAUCAAGGAGAAUUUAUUCUAGUGGAUAAAGAGGCUGCGAGGAUCCGAGCGAAUGAGGAGCCAAGUAUGUCUCGUCGUUUGACCAGGCCACUGGUCAGGGUAGAUGGGAAAUUUUAUGAGAAAAAUAUGCGAGGCGGAUCCCACUCUUGUAGGCAGAACAGUCUCGAGAUUUCCGUGAGCGCAGCUCAACCAAUGAGUACAUGCAGGUCCCCAGACGGCGGCCAUCUUUGUUACCUCCAGAACACUACCACCAUGCUGGACUGGAGCGAGACAGAGUGAACGAUGCUUUCACACGCUACCCACAAGACAACAUGGCAGUCAUCUCAGGGCUCUCCGGUGCUAGCUCCAGCCAGGCUGGCGGAGCACCCCCACCCUCUCACCUUGGGUCGGUGGAGAUGGGGCCCGGACCCAUCAAAAGACCACGCCCUGCUGACCGACCAGACUUGACCCAACCACUGCAUGUUGAUGUAGAAGUGAAAAGGGAGCCAGCCUACACCCCACAAGUAGAGGCCAUCUCUCCCAUCCUCCCACAAGAAGACCCAGCCAACAAGAUCCUGAGGGAAGAGUUGCUGGCCAAUAUUGACAAGGUGGACAGGGAGAUGGUCAAUGUGGAGCAGCAGAUUUCUAAGCUCAAGAAGAAACAGGCCCAGCUUCUGGAAGACAAGAACAAGCCUCAUGAAGAGAAGAGCCACGACCAUGAGCUGUCUUAUGAGCCCAAACACCAGAGCAUUGCUCAGAUUAUUUAUGCUGAAAACAGGAAAAAAGCAGAAGCUGCCCAUAAAGUUUUUGAACAGUUGGGACCUAAAAUUGAUUUGCCACUGUACCACCAGCCAUCUGAUACACCUGUGUACCAUGAGAACAUCAAGAAACACAAAGAGUUUAGAUCCAGACUUAUUCUUCAUUUGAAAAGAAGACAUCAGGCUAGAAGAAUCCGGGAGAGGUAUCUAACAGAAAGAUAUGACCAGCUUAUGCAGUCUUGGCUGAAGAAAACAGAGAAAACAGAAAAUAAUUCAAAGAGAAAGGCUAAGGAAGCAAAGAUGAGGGAAUUUUAUGAAAAAAUAUUUCCUGAAAUAAAGAAGUUAAGAGAAGAGAAAGAGAGCAAACAAGGCACGCGCAGUGGACAAGGUGGAUAUGUGCGCAGUGAUGCAGAGAUGGAGCAGAUCAUGGACGGACUCACUGAGCAGGAGGAGGAGGAGAAGAAAAUGCGUAGCCUGUCAGUCAUACCACCUAUGAUGUUGGAUGCCAGACAACGCAAGAUGAGAUUUGUGAACAACAACGGUCUGCUAGAAGAUGCCCUGGAGGUGCACAAGGAGGCCCAGAACUACACAGCCCGCUGGACUGAGGCAGAGAGGCAGAUUUUUAAAGAGAAAUACCUGCAGAACCCCAAAAACUUUGUUGUCAUCGCUUCAUUCUUGCCUCAGAAAAGUGUUCCUGAUUGUGUCCAGUUUUAUUAUCUGACCAAGAAAAGUGAAAACUAUAAACAACUUUUGAGGAAACAAAACAUGAAGAGGAAACGCAACAUGACUAAGGCACAGCAACAAGAACAGCUGCGUCAACAACAGCAGCAACAACAAGAGCAGCUUAGACAACAGCAGCAGCAGCAACAGCAGGAGGAACAGUCCACUUCAGCCAAUGCUUGCGGGAAGGUUGAUGUGAAAAUUGAACCUGGGACAGAGACUGAGAGCUCUUCAACUGAUAAUAGGCUAAAAAAAGAAGUGAAAGAGGAAGAGAAAGAGAAAGGAGGAGAUGCUGACAUCUCUGAAGGGGAGGCAGUUGCUAAUGAAAAUGAAGGUGGGGUCCACAACUGUGCAGUGUGUAAAGUUGAACUGGCCCACUUUGGUCUGAGCCGACCCCUGACCACUGCCAACUGUGACCAGUACAGCGUAGCCCCUGCUGACGUACAAGAUGACAUGAGAGUUUGUCGGUCAUGUCACUGUCGGACUGUCAGGAAAAGAUUUACGCAUUGCCCCAUCCCAACAUGCCGUACACCAAGAAAGCGCACCAAAAGAUUGAGGCCUGUGCCUAAUACCUGGCAUGAGUUAUCCCCCGAACUGAAGAGCACCAUCAUGCAGGAGUUGCAGUUGAAAGAAGAUAUUUCUAAGUGCUGCUCAGCGUGUUUCAACAGGAUAAUGAGACGCCUGGGGAGCACUCACCAAGCAGCAGAGUCCAGUGUCACGUCUGCAGCCCCAGAGGUGACCAGUGGACCAGCAGAGAGCACCAGUGAUGGGGGAGAUGCAGAUAUGUCAGAGAACUCAAGAUGGACGGAGGAUGAAAUGGAGAAAGCUAAAAAAGGGUUACGUAAACAUGGUAAAGAUUGGCCAGCCAUAGCUGCACUCAUUGGGACAAAGACAGAAGCCCAGUGCAAGAAUUUCUUUUUUAAUUAUAAAAAGAAAUUUAACUUGGAGGCCAUACUUGAGGAGCAUAAAGACUCUUGUGGCGAUCGUCGUACAACCUCCACAUGUGAGAGUAUAACAUCCACUGUAACAGCUGGGUCAGAGGAUGAGGUUUCAGUCAGUGAUGAUGACAAUGAUGAAGACAAUGGAGAUGACAGUGAUACAGCCAGUGCACCCAGCCCAACACCUAGGAUUGAAGAAGGUGAAGGAGAUCAUAUUGUAGAGCCCAGGGUUUCUUCUGGGGAAACUGAGAAUGCCUCAGUCCCCAGCAACAACUUGUCUGAGAACAACAAACAGCUGAGUGCCUCACAGGGCAGCCUGCGCAGCAUGGACAAUGACAGCAGUGCCACCAUGAGUGCUGAUGAAGGCCCACCUGGAGGCCCCAGCUCCCAUGUUCCACAUCCCAUCAGCACAGUCAGUGGCUCAGCCCCUACCAGCACCUACAGCCAGUCACCACUGGAGGUUGUACAUCGGCCCCCUUCAUCAGGGCUCGGCUCCCGUGGUGGGACUCCCCACAGUGCACUGCAGUCACCUUAUUAUGCAUUUUUGCAGUUGUUCUCUGUGCCUCGGCAAGGGUCAGCCCCGCCCACACCAUCUGGACUUCCAGGUAUCAGGGCCAGCCCUGUCAGCAGUUUAAGCAGUUUGGUAAGGCCACCCACCGGGGAGGUACCUGUUAUAAGGGAGGUUCCUCAAGUGACCACAAUGGAUUACCCAAGAAUCCUGCAGUAUGGGACACAUUUAAUGCCAGAACAACCCCAUGACACCAGGCUGUCACCCCGGCCAUCUGAGGUGGGGGGUAGCCGGCUCACCGCCUCCCCCCACACCUCCCAGCUCCAGCCAGGUAAAGGACAGAGUAAACCCCCCUGUGUGAGAGACCUGAUCAACUCUGCUAUUGAGAGGAAUCUGUGUGACCCUGCUCAAAGCCAGGUUCCACAGGAGAGAAGACCUGUUAUGGAGCCAGUACGACCUCGAGUCCCUCAAGAUCUGAGAAAAGACAGAAACAUCCCUCCUCAUAUGACUGACCCCAGGGGCGGUCUGGUCGGCUAUUCUGUUUCCAGACCAGGGGAGAUGGAAGUACAGGACUUGUCCAGACGCUCCGACCCAAUAGACAAAGGACCGCAUGGGUACAAGGGUGACCCCCGGGACUUUGACCCCCACCGCCCUCGCCCAGAAACGUACCAGCGGUCAACAAUGGAACCAAACCUGAAAAUGGGGCUACCCCCACCGGCCCACUCUCAUAAUACCCCCAAUAUACCAAGUCACCAUGGAGUUCAGGACCUGGGCAAGCCAAUGCACAGGCCAGACAGCAGAAACAAAUCUCCUUCUGUUUAUCAGGUUGAACCUAGAUCAGUUUCUCCUAAUGUUCGGGGCACUGGACAGAGUUCAUCCCCCUACCCUCAUGCCAUUGAAACUCGAUAUUCUCCUGCCCGUAUUCCACCGCCACCUCCCCUGAUCACCAGCAGUGCUCAGAGGGCGUCCCCAAAGCAGGCCCGUUCCCCCCCAUCCAACAACCCCCACAUGAUGAUCCGAGCGGGCUCCAUCACUCAGGGCACACCUGUCAGCUCUGCUGUGCAAGCGUCGGCCAUGGUGCGUCAGCCCGCCCCACCCCCAGCGCAGCAGGGGUCCAUCACCAAGGGCACCCCUGUGAGGGAGAUAGGGAGAACCAGUGGACCGGCUGGGGAUGGGGCCCAGAGGAUUGACCCAAACUACCGCCACCAAACUGGGGUCUACGACAGAGGGCAGUACCCGCAGCAGCAGGCUGUGUACUGUAAGCAAGGCCAGUACCCGCAAGGAGCUCCGUACGCGCAGUAUCAAGGUGAACAGAACCCGCCUUACAGCUCUCGCCAGACUAUCAUGAGUGACUACCUGACCGCUCAGCAAAUGCCACGUGGUCAGAAAGGGGAGCGGGAGGAAGGUUUAUCACCCAGAGGUGGCAGAGAACCAGGUCACCCUCCACCGGCUCCCUCCCACCCACAUGCCCCACCCCAGCGACAGCCCCAGCCAGGGAUAGAUCACCGUCACCCAAUGGUGGUGGCUGCCAACCAGAACAUGGUCUACAUGAUGGGGGGUCAGGGGGCGCAGGCAGAUGCCAGGGGCAAGGCUUCACCUCACAGUACCAGAGAUGAUAAAAACUCUGGCUGGCCUCAAGGAAAUCGAGGCAUGCAAGGACAAGCCCUACCAUCAUCUCUAGACCCUAUGGUGGCCCAGAGACCCAGCAUAGUCACAGGUACAGGCAGGCCUCACCAUCCAGAACACAAAUCUGAUGUACAGAGUGCUUUAGCUGACAGCACCAGCAUGCAACAACAGAGGAGCCAACAACUCUCCCCAGGUCGGCAUUCUGCAAUGUUAGAUCCAAACCGCAGACAUUCCCCUAAUAUGAGGGGGGCGUACAAGACAGACCUGACAUUUGAUAAAGUGACAUCAGCUGCGGUGGCCAGGACAGCCCAGUGGGAACAGCAGCUGCAGAAACGUCAGUACGAGACCAGCAUGGAGCAGCACAAUAGGCAAGAACAGGAGCGCAGGCUGGCAGAGGCAAGGGGCCCUAAUGUGUCACAGCAGCAUCAGAUACAUUCCUCUCAGUCACUGGACUCCAGGGGGUAUCCCAGCCAGCGUCCAGACAGCAGGGAACAGUACCUAGGUGAAAUACGUGGUGGUGAGAUGCGCAGUGGAGACUCACGUAGGCCAGACAUCUCACAAUCCCAGUCAGAUAGCCAAAGGAAAGAUCUGGGCAAUCCCCGCCAGCUCACAGAUACCAAUUACAUGAGAAAUCAGAUAGGAGAUUCUGGUGGCUCAGCUUUUCUCUUAUCAGCUUUUCAGAGAGACAAUGUGGCCAACUCACCGCAGGUAUGCAGAAGUUCAGCACCUCCAAACUCAGGUGCUGGUCAGCCGAGUAGCCGUGCAAUGACUGCAGAUAAACUUAUCAAUGCCAUCAUUAUCCAUCAGAUCAACCAGACCACACCUGAUGAUGGGCAUCAGAAAUCUUCACCUGUCCGCCAGUCAACCCCCAGCUCCUCAGAGGCCAGUUCUCAGAAUGAGAGUAGGUCCAUGACUGAAGCACAGGCUUACGGCGGCAAGCCCACACAGAGAUACUUUGACCCCCAGGCAAGAGAACUUAUGAACCAACAAAUUCGCAUGGAGCAGCAGCAACAGAUGGAUCAAAGGCGCCAGAUGGACCAGCAGAGACAGAGACAGGAAAUGGCAGAGAGACAGAGACAGAGAAUGGAAAUUGAACAUCAAAAUGAAUUGGAACACCAAAGACACAUGGAGGCGCGCAGACUUGAAAACCAGGCCAGAGCUCAAGAACAACACAGGAAAGAAGUUGAGACAGCCAAAAGAAAUGAAGCUGAAAGGAGAGACAUGGAAACUGAGGCUGAACAUCGCAGGAUGGACAUGGAGCAGAAACGCCAGCAGCAACAACAACAACAACAACAGCAGCAGGCAGACAUGAACUACAGGUCAAAGAUUAAAUACCCACAGAGAGAAAACAUUGACACACAUGUAGAAGAGCCCAGACCUAGACCAGAAUUGGAUGCUAGAGCUCGGAGUGACUCAGAGCCCCGCCCCCACACCUCCCCUGUUGGGGGCAGCCAGGCCGCAGCAGCAGCUGCUGCCGCAGCGGCCACCGCCAACAGUGUCAUGACUCUGGGUGACCACAUUGAUCACAUCAUCAAUAAAAACUAUGACUCCGGCAAGGUUGGAGGCUCUAGUUCAAGUGGCAGCACUUCUUCAGCCUCCAGCAGCUCAAGCACCUCGGAGAAAGGGCUGCUGUCCAUGAUUCAUGAUGCCAAUGCUGCAAACAAUCCAAGUGAGUAUAGAGAGAUGGAGGCGCCACACACUCGUAGAAGCCCUGCUGCCUCUGAAUCUGGACUGGUUGGGUCCACCUCAGACUCCAGGCCACGCAGCUACAGUGUGCCCACCAGCCAGGGACCAUCACCCAACUGGAAGAAGUGGGAUGGAAUAGGAGAGCGACCAGCCCACACAACCCCGACACCUGGACAGACAGACACGACCUCACCCUCAUCAUCAUCCUCAGUCAAACCUAGCCAUUUCCAACCAUCCCACCCAUCCCAGCUUCAUGCUCCCUCCCAGGGGAGUGGGGGACCCUGUGACAGGAGCAGCGCCGACCAGUCUCGGUCCCCGCAGCCACAGCAGCAGCAUCACCCUUUCCACCCCCGCCCACAGACUGGACCAACCCACCAGGGUCUGCCAGAGGCCGCCUACCCCCCAUCAGGCCUAGCAACAGUGGAGAGUAGUGGUUCUUCACACAGCAUUAAUGAGUCCCCCACUCAGAGUGUCUCAGGAUUUUCCGCUAUGAUCGACCAGGGUUUCCGUGACAACAGCGAGACUCCUCCUCACCCUCGGGCUUCUCGUGGCGACAAGCCCACAUCCUCUAGUCAGUCGUCUCUUCCGUCUCCACUCUCAUCGUCAUCGGGGAUGAAACUGACAGGACAGAUGGCCAACAGCUCGUCACCACAAGACCAACCGUCAAGCCGGUACCCUGGCUCUACAACACAAGACCAGCAUGGGGUCAGUUCUAUCCACUCAACAGACCAGGCUGAUGAGGGCUCGUCUUACCAUCGCGGUCAAGCUCAAGAUGCUGCAGACCCCGCCCUGUCACCUUCAUCUAGUGUUCCGGCUUAUGGCAGGAAAAGGGCAAUUGGGAGGCCAAGAGUUCGGCAAGAUGACGUAUCUCCAGCCACCCCGUCGUCUAGCAUGCCGUCUCAGUCUGGCAUCAAGUCUGUCUCACACCCCAGCAGCUCCUCCACAAGGGAUCGACCCUCACCUAGCUCUGGCCCACCUGAAACGACCGGCCGUAGUGGACAUAAAUCUUCUGGUGGUGACAAAACUGGACGUCUGUCUGCGUAUGAUUUUCCUGACGACAGUCCAGAUGAUGAAUCCGUCGGGCCAACACCCAGCAGCUACAUGGCCCUGUCAGCCUCAGGCCGUGGGGCCAGGAAAUGCCAGGUGGACAGCUCUGAGGGUAAAGGUUCAUGGUCAGGACCUGACACUCAAGGGGCAGGGGAGGAUGGCAAGUCAGGGGAGAAGAAUGAAGCUCAAGGCUACGAGACCUUCCCAUCUGGACAGUCUGAGAGCUCAGCUAAACCAAGGUCUAGAUUUGGCAGCAGAGUUAGCAGUAUAGAAGCUGAGUCCGGCCCGGGGCUGCAUUCCUCUGUGGACAGCACCAGGCCAGACAAAGCCGGGGAGGAAGGGGAGGGGGUGGAUAGUUCAACAUCAGCUGAUCGCUCCAAGCCUCCUAAACGAGCUAGGACAGGUGGGCUGGACAGCACAUCCCAAGGUGGAUCUAACGACAACAUACCCGGCUCUGAGGUGACUCAAGGAUCUAGUGACUCGACCAGUGAACCCCACGCCUACACACAACAGUGGAGAUGCCCCAGACCGGGUCCUGACUCUGGGAUAGGGGACGAGACGGGGAACAGGUCUAUAACAAGCUCCGACCACUCCGAGAGCCACGGUGGCCUGGCCACGUCUGUGUCUGCGACCAUCUCGUACUCGUCCAGCACACAGCCGGUGGUGUCCAGCAUGAUGCGAGACCCUGACCAAACGACCAUGUGUUCCAGGGAUCAGGAACCAGCACCCUUGCUGUCCUCUCAGUAUGAGACCCUGUCUGAUGAUGAUGACAUGUAGAACAUAAUACAACCCUCCCCCCUCCAUAUUCAUUAGUAACUGUCAUUACGUAUUUUCUAGUUAACUUGUAAUGUAACUGUAAACAUUUUUUUAAAAGUAUAUUUUAAAAAUUAUACCAUUAUUCAUUUUUUUCUUUUAAAUGUUUCCGACUUCUCAUUUUAAAACUAUGUACAUUAUGUUUGACAUUUUAAUAUGUAUGGUUAAAGAAGAAAAUGUUUUGUUUCAUUACCAAUUAAGAAAUUGGAUCAAUGAAUAAAAAACCUUUUGAAAGAGUGAGGGCUGAAAAAGAAGUGAAUAUACUAGUUUUUGUAAAACAGAAAAUGAUUGUUUGUGAAGUUGUUGUCAUUGAUCAGUAUUGGUUAUUUUGUGGGUUGUCCUUACUAGCGGCAUGACAAAAAAUACAAAUGAAAAUUGUUUUUUUAAUGUUAAUGUUUUUAUGCUGUUUUCUCCCAAAAAUAAUUUUUAUAUCUGCUGAGAUUUUCUUGGAAGUUGUCCAAAAAAAUGGUCUUUUAACCAAAUUGGAAGUGUGUGUGAAAACUUUAGUUUAAACUUGGCAAAUUUUAUUUCAUUUUCUUUGUUUUGUUUCAUAUUCUUUACAUGUGAAUAUUCUCUUUUGAAAUAUGACUAUGUUUUACCCCUUAAAUAAUAUGUUGAAUUAAAUUAAAAUGUAACACUGUUGUACAAUGAAGCAAAACUGCCAUGAAUUGUUUUAAAUGUAUCAUGCUUAGCUCCCUUGGUAUUGUAUUGUGAAGUAAUGUAAUAUCAUUGGGCACUUCUGUGCAUUUACCAAAUAGGUGUAAAAUGUUAACAAUAAUGUUAUCUAGGUAAAAGGCUAUUUUCUUAUAGCUUUCUUUUGAGAAGACUAAUGAGCUAUAUAAAUUUUGUUAGACUAUUUUGAAUUAAUUUUAAAAUUGAUAAGACUCUGUCUUCAUACAUUUGGUUAUUAACAGUUUAGAAAUAAAGUUGGU